UUUAAAGUGCAAUGGAAUAGACUGAUAUGAAAAUAGGAGACAGAAAUAAUGACAAUUCAUCUUCAGAAGAAAUAGAUUUGGAAUUAUAGGAUGAUGAAGUAAAAUAAAUGGUAAUAAAGUUUAGACAUAGGUCAAUUAGGAUUGCCCUUAGGAACAAUAAGUAUUGAGUCACUUAUUGGAAAUAGGAGAAUUCAUAGAUUAUUUAGAUUCAAAUACAAAAAAAUGGGCAACUAUGAAAAUUGUUGAUAUUUAAAACUCAAAUAUAAGACUAUAAUCUCCUUAGUCCUAAAAUACUUUUUGGAUUUAAUUUUCUUAUGAAAUAAUUCGAAAACAGUGGAUCCCUGGAGUCCCAUUAUAGAAUUCAAAAGUUGAAGUUUAUAAUUCUAAUAAAGGGUGGUUAGUUGGUAUAAUUGUCCAGAUAGAAAAGGACUAAGCACUUAUACAUCAUUAAGGAUAUAAGAGGAUUUAUGAUUAGAAUUAUUAGCUUAAGGACAUUCAUCCUCUUGGUUCGAACUCCAGUGAACCUGGAAUAGGAAAAUUAUUAAAAUAACAACCAUAAUCUAUUCUAAGAUUGUAACAUCGAUUCAAUCUAUAUUUACAAUUGUAAAAUUUCUUAACAAUGCGUAAAAAAUAUAAGGAAAUGGAAACUUCCCUGCAAUCAAUUUUGAGUGAGUAGGGAAUGCUGAUUAGGGAGGUUUAAGGGGAUGGCAAUUGUAUGUUUAGAGCUAUAAGUGAUCAACUAUAUGGCAAUGAAAUCUAUCAUAAAGAAUUACGCAAGUUUGCAAUGCAAUACAUCCUACAAGAAAAGGACUAUUUCUAAGAUUAUAUAAUUAAUGGGAAUGUUGAGGAAUAUGUAGAAUACAAAUCAAAAGACGGAGUUUGGGGAGACAACAUUGAACUCUAAGCCUUUCGUGAGCUUUAUGAUAUCCCAAUUGAAAUUUAUGUGUGCAGCAAAGAACCCUUAAAAACAGGAUUAGAGGCUAAUCCAUAUAAUAAAGAGUAACAAUUGUUGCAAUUUUCAUAGGCCAAUUAGAUUAUCUUAUCAUGGAAGAUCUCAUUAUAACUCCAUAAAAUUAAAGGAUAAAUAGCAUUCAGCCUUAUUAGGAUUGUUAGAAAUUAGUUAAUAUGAAAAGCAAAUGUUCGAGAAAUUAUAAGAACAGAAAAACAAGUAAAGUGCAAACAAUAAUAAUAGAUAUGGGCAAUAAUUAUCAAGAGCUCAAUUUGAAAAUUGCAUUAGCAAUGAAUUGGAUAUUAUUUUUAAUGAAUCUAAAAGGCUAUUUUAGGAUCAAUAACUAAAAAAGUAAUUUGUUGAAAUUAAUCUAGUGAGUAAACUGCGAUAAAGGAAUCUUUGUAACAACUAGAGUAUGAAGAAGAGGAGGAAUAACUUAUGGAUAUGGUAAUUAAGGAGAGUGUUCAAGUUGCAUAAUUUAAUCAAUAAUUUCCUAUUCAAUAAUAGUAAAAACAAACUUAAUAAUAACAGCAAUAAUAAUAAUAAUAGCAAUAGUAAUAAUAAUAAUAGCAAUAAUAAUAAUAACAACAACCAAAUUUGGAAAAUGAAAUAUUGAGAAAAAUAAUGGAAUAAAGUAAAUAAGAAUAGGAAUAAUAAUUUAUGUAAUAAUUUGAAGAUACACAAUUUUAAAAUGCUUUGAAAGAAAUAGAAAAAACUAUUUAUGAAGAUCCCAUGAAUAAUCCAACGAUUGCCUAGGUUAUGGCCAUGGGGUUCUUUACACUUGAAUAGGUAGUUGAAGCAUAUGCAAUUCAUAGGGAUGACCCAGAUAUGAUCAUAAAUUAUCUUUAUGAAAAUUUCUAAUGA